AUGUGCUCCCGGAAACAGAAGCGGGUUUUGCAGACCCUGCUGCUCCUCGUCGUGGUCUUCGGCUGCAUCUACGGCGCCACGCUCUACUACGAGCUGCAGGGCCAGCUGCGCAAGGCCGAGGCCAUGGCCCUCAAGUACCAGCAGCACCAGGAGUCCCUCUCCGCUCAGCUACAAGUUGUAUAUGAGCACAGGUCAAGAUUAGAGAAGUCAUUACAAAAGGAAAGGCUGGAACAUAAGAAAGCAAAAGAAGAUUUUCUUGUUUAUAAACUUGAAGCACAGGAAACCCUAAAUAAAGGAAGGCAAGACUCCAACAGCCGCUACAGCGCGCUGAGCGUGCAGCACCAGAUGCUCAAGAGUCAACAUGAAGAGCUAAAAAAACAGCAUGCUGACCUGGAGGAAGAUCACCGAAAACAAGGAGAAGAGUUUAGCAGAACGUUCAGUGAUCACAAGGAGCGAUAUUUACAACUGCAGCAAGAAAAAGAGCAGGAAAUUUCUAAGCUGAAGGAAUCACUCUAUAAUUUACGAGAAGAGAACAGACAGCUGAGAAAAGCUCACCAAGAUGUUCACACUCAGCUACAAGAUGUCAAGCAACAGCAUAAGAACUUACUGUCCCAACACAACCAGCUUGUAGUGACGCUGGAAGACCACAAGAGUGCUCUAGCUGCAGCGCAGUCCCAGGUGGAGGAAUACAAACAGCUGAAGGAUACGCUCCACAGAACUGCCUGGCUGCCGAAGCCACGAGAACCGGGUUCUGAUUCAAGUGAGAAGCCAAAAGUGAAAGAAGAAAUAAACACCCAGGAGAAAGAAGAGGAUGCAGAGGGUUUUCAUCUGAGGAAAGGGACUCAUGAGGGCCACCGUGCCAAAGAACUAAAUAUUCAGGAGCAACAAGAAGCAGGAGAGGAUGAAGAGCAACGUGUUGAUCAAGUUGAAGAGGAACGUAAGAAAGAACUUGAAGAGGAAGAAAUGGAGCAGGCAGGUCAGCCCGAGCACUUAGAGGAGGAACAGGAUCAAGUAGCAGAAGAACACGAGUGGAAAAAACAGGAACAGAAAGAGGAAGAAACCAACAUGUUGGGUGAACGUUACCAUCCAGAGGCAGCUUUAACGAAAGCUGUCACCAGAAGACCCAAGGCAGCCUACGAGCAGCAGCUGGAGCAGCAGCAGCUUGCAGUGCGAAGAGCAGAAGAAGCCAGUCAGCUACGAGAGCACCAGGAGCUGCUGCACCAGCAGAGGCUGCGGGGACAGCUGCUACGGCAGCAGCAGCUUCAGGAGAAGGAGCUCGAGCUGCAGAAACGGGCAGAACAAGGAGAAAAACUCUAUAAGAAACAACUCAGCCAGCAAGGUCAUUAUGGUAACAUGGAUCAUGAUAUUGUACAAGGGGAGGAAGAACAAGGUCUUCAGGAAGAAGAAGGAGCUUAUGAACAUGACAACCAGCACCAGGAUGAAGGUGAAGAUGAUGAUCAAAAUAAUGCAAAUGAGCAGCAAGAGCCAGAACAUCAAGCAGAAAAUCAGCAGGCUGACGAGUCGAAGGCAGCAAUGGAAGAUGUGAACCCUGCCGAUGACCCCAACAAUCAAGGAGAAGAUGAGUUUGAGGAAGCUGAGCAAGAGAGAGAGGAAAAUCUACCCGAUGAAAAUGAAAAGCACAAGGAAAACAGUGAGAAGCAGAGACACCCGGGCAUGGAGGAGCACCUGGUGAUGGCAGGAAAUCCUGACCAGCAAGAAGAUAAUGUGGAUGAGCAGUACCAGGAAGAGGGAGAAGAGGAGAUCCAGGAAGACUUGACUGAAGAAAAGAAGCGAGAACUGGAACGAAACGCUGAGGAGCCAUAUGGUGAAAAUGACGAAAAUGCUGAUGAAAAAAAUAACGGGGCGGAUCAAGAGCAAGAAUUGCAAGAAGAGAACAACCACAAAGAAGUUCGUGAAGACAAUUAUGAGGAAGAAGAGGAGGAAGAGGAGGAAGGUGGAGCUAUUGCAGCAAAAACUCGUAGACGAGGGGAGAUGUAGCUCUCUU